UUAUGACGUAAUAUUCUUCCCUUCACAACUCCUUCAUUCACUCCUCACCGAAAUACCAAAAAUGCCCUUGUGGACUCUCCACAAAUCCUAGACUGUCACUGUUACGGUCAACCUCAUUUGAAACCCCCCAAAAACGGCGUCACUUUUUCGUUCCGUUUCUUCCUCCGACUCUUCCUUCAUGCACUCCAACUAUGCCGGGCUUCGAAAAAGAGCGUCGUAUUCCGAGCGCCCCGCGGAGCCGCCGAAACGUGAAGAAAUCGGUGCUGUUUCGGAUGGAAACGCUGGCAUUUCGGGUGAAAAAACCGGUGAGGAGAAUGCUUGGUUUUCGGGUCCACGGGUCAAGGUCCGGUGGCUUGUGGUGAUUUCCUUGGCGAUUGUGAUCGCAUCUUUUAGUUCUUUGGUGCACAAGAAUUUCUCUUUACAGGAGCAUGUGUCGAAGCUGAAUACUAGAUUACAAGCUUGCAAUUUGUCGGAUUCCAUCGAUGUCAGUAGCUCCAUAUCAGAUGCGAGUGACCAGCUCCCGAGAAAAGGCCUAAAAAACUUGGCUAUAAUUCUCUUACUGACACUUUUAUCAAUCCCGGUUCUUAUUUUGAAGUACACUGACUAUGUCUCCAGAUCAAGAUCAUCGGAUAACAUUCCAGAAGAAUUUUCUCUAACUAAGCAGCUUGCUUAUCGGCUGGACAUAGUUUUAUCAAUCUAUUCAUAUGCUAAGCCACUGGCAUUGUUGCUUGCAUCUCUACUACUUAUUUGUUUUGGUGGUUUGGCACUCUCUUUUGUGACAGAUGACGGCUUAGCAGAUUGUCUUUGGUUGUCUUGGACGUACGUUGCUGAUUCUGGCAGCCAUGCGAGCUCAGAAGGUAUUGGUCCAAGACUAGUUUCAGUUUCCAUAAGUUUCGGCGGGAUGAUUAUAUUUGCAACGAUGCUUGGGCUUGUUUCUGAUUCAAUAUCUGAGAAGCUUGACUCACUAAGGAAAGGAAGAAGUGAGGUAGUGGAGCAAAACCACACCCUAAUUCUUGGUGGAGUGAUAAACUGGUAA